CACCCCACCACGUCUGCGGAGUGGGUGCCGGCUCCCUCCCCGAGGGGUGGGAGCGAGGAGCUGGGAGAUGGACUUGACAAACCCCUGGAGAACGACGCCGAGGGCGUGUGGAGCCCCGACAUCGAGCAGAGCUUCCAGGAAGCCCUGGCAAUUUAUCCACCAUGUGGCCGUAGGAAGAUAAUCCUCUCUGAUGAGGGCAAGAUGUACGGGCGGAACGAGUUGAUAGCGAGGUACAUCAAACUUCGCACGGGGAAGACACGGACCAGGAAGCAGGUAUCCAGUCACAUCCAGGUUCUCGCCCGACGGAAGGCCAGGGAGAUCCAGGUGAAGCUCAAGGACCAGGCUGCCAAAGACAAAGCCCUCCAGAGCAUGGCCACCAUGUCCUCUGCUCAGAUCAUCUCACCCACAGCCUUCCAGAACAAGAUGGCUCUUCAGGGUCUCUCGAGGCCAGCUUAUCCUACUGCUGGUGGAUUCUGGCAUGGGACAAUUACAGCUCAGACAGGAGGCCAUGAGGACAUUAAGCCCUUCUCCCAGCAGAGUUAUGCCAUGCAGGCGUCAGGCCCGACCCCGAUAACAGGUUAUGAAAGCACAGCAGGACUAUCCAUGUCUCCCGGCGCCCCCCCUUGGCAAGGCAGAAGUAUUGCCAGCUCCAAGCUGCGGAUGCUGGAGUUUUCCGCCUUCCUGGAGCAACCUCAGGACUCGGAGACUUUCAACAAGCACUUGUUUGUGCACAUCGGACAGUCCAACCCGAGCUACAGCGAAGCCUAUCUGGAGUCCGUGGACAUCCGGCAGAUCUAUGACAAGUUCCCCGAAAAGAAAGGGGGCCUGAAAGAGCUGUUUGACAAAGGGCCACACAACGCUUUCUUUCUCGUCAAAUUCUGGGCGGACCUCAGUGUAAACCUGCAGGAUGACAGCAGCUUCUUCUACGGUGUGUCCAGCCAGUACGAAAGCUCUGAGAACAUGAAUAUCACCUCGUCCACCAAGGUCUGCUCUUUUGGGAAGCAGGUGGUGGAGAAAGUGGAGACGGAGUACGCUCGCUUUGAGAACGGACGAUACGUGUUUCGGAUCCACCGAUCCCCGCUGUGUGAAUACAUGAUCAAUUUCAUCCACAAGCUCAAACACCUGCCUGAGAAAUACAUGAUGAACAGCGUACUGGAAAACUUCACUAUCCUACAGGUGGUGACAAACACGGAUACUGUUGAGACCCUGCUGUGCAUAGCUUACGUCUUUGAAGUGUCCACCAGCGAGCAUGGCGCGCAGCAUCAUAUUUACAGGCUAGUCAAAGACUGACAAGAGUCGCACUGUUGGAACUUGCCAGCUCUUAGACCCUUUUGUAACGAGAGUUAAGCAACAACAACACGUAAAAACAAAAACAGAAAACGAAACAAAAGACUGCAGAAGCUGUCAAAAGCUGGAAUCUGACAAGUUGGUUGGGAACUCGGAGAAACACUGGCUGCGUCAGCGUGCGCAGGAACACUACUACUGCUGAAGAAGAUGAGCUGCGGAAGCCGAAAGGCUCCGAAAAAGUGAGGAGGAGGACCAUCCUACACUGUGGUCUCGAUACCAAAGGAGCCAAACACGGCCAACAGAAGCUGCAUGAGAGAGUUGAUGUUGGUGGUGUUCUUCAUCGUGUUUAACUAGAGCUUGUUUUAAAUGUAGAUUCUUGUACCGACAUGCAUGUGGAGGGGGUGUCGAGUUGGACUGCCUCAGAGCGCCAUCUAGUGACUUGAAUUCAUGUUGGAAAAAAGAAAAAGAAGAUUCAAGAUCCCUCUUUUUGCACAUCCACGGAUCAUAACAGAUGGUGCCAAUACUUUACAGCAUUUCAGCGAUCAUGUACAGAAUCACAUUCAUCUCUUCUUAACAAAGUUAGGAUAAACUGAAAAGUGUUGUUUGGCGUCGAUUGUCGAAUGCGUCUCGUAUUGUCUUCUUGUCCUUGAUUGGCAACAGUCUGACUCCGACUGAAGGCACAUUGUAACACUGCUAACCUGAACUUAAUGGGAUCUGUAAGCUGAAGUUGUCUGCAUACGUAAGUUGGCCUGUGUCAGAUUGAAAAACACGUGUUUCACACACAACUCCUUCUGUUGCUGGGUUUUGGUAAAGUGUGGUAUGAAUCUAAUGACAUAUAUAAUUAAAGGCAGGAUUUCUCCUGGUGAAACUACAA